AUGUGGUUUCACAUGUCAUAAUCAACCGUGUAUCUAUUAUAUCUAUAUAUAUAAUAUAUAUUCUCUACCUCGUUUCAAUUUGGAGGUCAGAGAAUUAAAUAAUAAUAAUAACAAUAAUAAUAAUAAUGGCCAAAGUAUUUCCAAACGCACCGUCGGCGCCGCCGCCGGAGUCCUGCAAUCGCGGCCAAGCUGCGGCGGAGUCUGUUCUCCUCACCGUCUGGAAGAAGUCGUUGCUCUUCAAUGGCGACGGAUUCACAGUCUUCAACGCCGCCGGCGACCUCGUCUACAGAGUAGACAAUUACAUCACCGGAAAAAAGGGGGAAAUAAUACUCAUGGACGCCCUAGGUUCGCCUCUUCUAACAAUUCGCCGAAAGAGGCUUAGCCUAGAAGAUACCUGGCUGGUGUUCGACGGCGAAUCCGCCGAUCUCCGGCGGUUUACGGCGAGGAAAACAUUGAAGCUGCUCAAUUCUAAUUGCUUAGCUGAAGUUACCUUCUUCGAUGGCGGAGGGAGGAGGAUGAACGAACCGCGGUUCAAAGUCGAAGGAUCGUACGAGCGGCGGCGCUGCGCGGUUUACGACGAGAAGCGGCGGCGCGUGGCGGAGAUUAAGCCGAAGGAGGCUUCGGUUCGAGGAGUUUCCAUUGGCACCGAGAUCUUCCAUCUGGCGGUUACCGCGGAAAUGGAAACCGCUUCAGCCAUGGCUAUCGUCAUCCUCCUCGAUCAGAUGUUUGAGCCUUUGCCUUCGCGGCGGCUUCUGCUGAAUUGAAUCGACAUUUUUUUUUUUUCUCCGCGCCGUAUCUGAAUUUUAGUAAUCGGUGGAUUUGAGUUCUGUUCGCUCUCCAUUUUCGAAUCUCGAGCAGAUCUGGAACUUGCUUGUGAAGGAGAUUUGUCUGGAGCAGGGAGGAAUUAUUGAUCGAAUCGAAUUGGUUUGUGAAGGACUAAUGCUCGAUAAAGUACGAAUUAUCCUCUUGA